UUUCGUAUAAGCAUGGAAGUUCUUUCUACCAAUUUCCUUCUACUUCUUCCUUUUAUACUCCUCCUUCCUCUAUAUCUUCUCAGUACAUUAAGAACCAGAAACAAUGGUAAUCAAUACAAACCCAACUUUCCACCUGGUCCUCCAAAGCUUCCGAUCGUUGGUAAUUUACAUCAAAUCGGGAAACCGAAUUAUCAAACACUACCACAUCUAUCUAAAAUAUAUGGACCAGUCAUGCUUCUACAGAUUGGUAGUGUACCAACAGUUGUAAUCUCGUCCGCCAAAGCUGCCGAACAAGUCAUGAAAACACAUGAUCUUCAUUUUUGUAAUAGAAUUCAAUUCGCUGGACGGAAACGGGUUACGUAUGAUUACUUAGAUAUGACUUUUACACAUCGUGGAGAGUACUGGAGAGAGAUUCGCAAGAUAUGCAUACUUGAACUUUUUAGCAUGAAAAAAGUGCAAUCUUUUAAGGCAGUCAGGGCGGAAGAAAUUGAUGUUUUGAUGGAUUCUAUAUCAUCUUCUUCAAAUACUUCUCCCGUGAAUGUCUUUGAAAAGUCAUCAAGUUUUACACUUAAAACAAUCUGUAGAGUUGCUUUUGGUUGCACAGCCAGUGAAAGUAGAAAUAUAUUUGAUAAUGGAAGACUUACAAAAAUUCUUUAUGAAGUCGGCAUGUUGAACGGUUAUCAUGCAUCCGACUACUUUCCUAAGGUAGGCUGGAUUAUUGAUAGGAUCACUGGCAUCCAUGCUAAAACUGAAAAAUGCUUCCAUGAAUUGGAUGAUUUUUUUCAACAAAUCAUAGGCGAACAUGAAAACCCGAAGCGAGUGAAACAGGAAGAAGAUAUCAUAGACGUUUUGCUUACAAUAAAGAAGGAUCAAACGAGUACAAUUCAUCUCACUGAUGACCAUAUUAAAGCAAUCGUUCUGAAUAUAUUUCUCGGUGGAGUAGACACGUCGGCUGUAACAGUCUCUUGGGCAAUGCUAGAAAUGGUUAAAAAUCCGAAAGAAAUGAAGAAAUUUCAAGAAGAGAUCAGACACUAUGUGGGAUCAAAAGGGAAGGUGGAGGAAUCAGACCUUGAUAGUUUCCGAUACUUGAAAAUGGUAGUUAAAGAAACGCUAAGGUUGCAUCCAGGAGGUCCAUUUAUUACACGAGAAAGCAACACACACAGCAAAAUUGAUGGAUACGACAUAUACCCCAAAACAAAGGUUCUAAUAAAUGCAUGGUCGAUUGGAAGAAAUCCAGAAUAUUGGAAAAAUCCAUUAGAAUUCUUGCCAGAGAGGUUCAAGGAUAGCUCCAUCGAUUUUGUCGGUACCCAGAAUUUUGACUACUUACCUUUCGGGGGUGGUCGAAGGGUUUGCCCAGCAGUUAAUAUGGGAAUUGUGUUAACGGAGCUCAUCCUCGCAAAUGUGUUGUACACUUUUGAUUGGUGUUUGCCUAAAGGAUCGAAGAUGGAAGACCUAAACAUGAAGGAAUCACCAGGGACUAAAUAUCCUCUUGAACUCUUACCCAUCAAGCAUAUAUAUGGUUAGGAAAUUUUAUUAAGAGAUUUAGAGAAAAUAAUACUGUGUGCUAGAUGGUAUAUGGGGUGAAUGUGUGCUACAAGCAAGUGUUUAACAGAAGAUCAGUAAGGGCCAUCAGUAAGUCCAGCACUUGCUGGUUGUGCUAAGAGGUCUGAGGUUUACAUGUCAUUUGAAUAUGGUUUUUUCUUUGUAUCUUAUUAGCUACCUAAGCUUUGUAGGUAGCAAGACUCCGUCUUUUUUUUUUUUUUUUGAAAGAGAAGAUAAGACUCCGUCUUAUAAAAGAGAUACUUUAUAAAUAAAAAUAAAAACUUACGUGUG